CCGGUCAUCAGGAGGCGGGUCUCCCGGUAUCCGGGUCUCCUCAUAGAAGAGUCGCUGCUCGUACCGAGUUUAUUUCAGUCAGACUCUCCCGGACCGCGAGCUUCUCCCUCCUGCUUUUGGACUGAACUUCACAGGACUGUUUCCUCCGGGAUGGCCGCGUCGAUUCUGGAGGAGGAAACACGUUAUGGAUCCAGUCCCUUGGCUAUGCUAACCGCCACCUGCAACAAAUUUGGGAGCACCAGUCCAGUCCGAGACUCCGCCACACCUGGCAAAGCGGGAAGCACAGCACCGGUUAAGAAAGCCUACAGCAUGACCUCUGAACUCCAGAGCCCUAAGAAUGGACGAGGCAACGAGGGCGUCGCGGACACUUACAGCGGCUCCUUCAGCUCCGCCGGUGGCUUGCUCACCCCAACCGGCAGCCCUCCGCCUGCUCCCACGGGAGCAUACGGCUCCGACUACAACCCGUUCUCCACCUUCAGACCGAGUGCCUCUCAGGACCCUUCGCUCUUGGGGAGCAAAGCCACUGCGGACUGCCUGGCCAGCGUCAAUACCUACUUGGACAUGACGCACCCCUAUGGCUCAUGGUACAAGAGCAUCCAUUCCGGAAUCACAGCCGCACCUGCGAACGCCACUUCUUCUUGGUGGGACGUCCACACCAACUCGAACUGGCUUAGCGCUGGGCAACCUCAACCCGACGGCCUCCAAGCGCCCUUGCAGCCGGUAGCUCCGCAAGCGUCCCUCAAUCCCCAGAUGCCGAGCUACACUCCCGAUUUCACGCCUCUCAACCCAGCGCCGUACCCGUCCGUAGGCUUGAGUUCGUCCUCACACUUGCUCCAGUCCUCACAGCACAUGAUCCCGCAGGACAUGUACAAGCCCAAGCCUGUAACCACUUCUGGAAUCCUGGACAAUUCCAUGGGGCUCAAACCAACCCGAGGCUCGGGCGGAUACACGGGCGGCUCCUCCACCGGAAGGUCUUCUUGCGAUUGCCCGAACUGCCAGGAGCUGGAAAGGCUCGGCGCGUCCGCCGCAUCCCUGCGCAAGAAGCCCGUCCACAGCUGCCACAUUCCCGGCUGUGGAAAGGUCUACGGCAAGGCCUCGCAUCUGAAAGCUCACCUGCGUUGGCACACGGGCGAAAGACCCUUCGUCUGCAACUGGCUGUUCUGCGGGAAACGCUUCACUCGCUCCGACGAACUGGAGCGCCACGUCCGCACCCACACGCGAGAGAAGAAGUUCACGUGCCUCCUGUGCAAUAAGCGCUUCACUCGUAGCGACCACCUCAGCAAACAUCAGAAGACGCACACGGAAGCUAGCAUGCAGGGGAAAGGGCCGGAAGAGGAAGCCGAGCCCAGAGGAGCCGAGGAGCCUACAGAUUCCGGUAAAGUGGCUCCUGUGGGAUCCGCCGGCGGCAUGCAGGACCCUACCGUCGGUGGGGAAGAGAAGAGCAGCACGGGGAACGGUGUGGACAACAGCAGCGGGCUUCUGGAGAUAUAACCGCUGACGAGUGGAGCUACUGUUGCAUUGGUGCUAAGAAAAUGAUUUUACCAACUGUUUUUUAGGAACUAUAGUUGAAUGUGCUCCAGAGAGAGCCGUGUAUCAUGAACACGUUUUCUAGACUGGCAGGUUUUGAAAGAAAAACUCUGUACAUUAAUCGUUUCACACAAGAACUUCAGACAUGUUCGUCUGGAGUGGCCUACAUUCUUGGGGAGUAUUUUUGAAGAUUUUUAUGUUUAAAAAUGAUUAUUGAAUUCAUGUCUCUUUCUUUGUUUUAACUUUCAGGGGCGGCUGUUUUAGAAGCCCAACGUUCAGUAGAUUGAGUUUCUGUUAGACAUUUGGGCUUCUGAUCGAUGCACAUUUCGUCCUUGUGAUGUUUUUUUUAUUUAAUUAAAAUGGAUUUCUUUUA